ACUUUUUGGCUGUGCGACGGAAGGAAGUGAUGUCACCCCCGGCUUCCGGUCCGCCGGAUUAUGAAUGACGGCCGGCAGGGCUGUUUCCAAGACACUGUGCCUGUUGUUUUCCCCCGGCUUCUCUGGCGGCCAGUGGUCCGUGGGCGAAGACUCGCAGAAGCGGCCUCGGAAACCUGGCUCGCGCGGGGCGGGAAGGCGCAGGCGGCUCGUGUCGCUGACACGCUCACGCACCCUCCCUGCCUGGCCGCGCCUCGGCGACCAGGUGACCCAACGAAAGAGGAAAAUGAAAGGCAUUAAGAAAAGUCUGACAGAAGAAUAUCUAUACUUGGACUUUUCUCACCAAAUAGAAGGUUGCAUCUUUCCUCUUCACACAUCUGUAACUUUAUUUUUGUUAUCAUACUGUGACUGCAAAAUCUUCAAAGUUGGCUUAGUCCUCACAGAAGAAAGCACAGAUAUUUCGCUAAAAAACGCAGUCCCCCAGGAUGUUGAAAUACAGAUUAUUUCAAGGCAAGAGCUUCCAGCAAUAGUCCAGAAUUGCUGUUUACCUGCAGUAGUAGAAAAACCAGACAAUUUCUGUAGAGCAGGACUUGCAGUUGUGCUGAGGCACAUAAUCCAGAAAUCAUAUGAAGCUGACUCUUCCAAGAAGGAAAUUUUGGAACUUCUGGGUUUUAAGAAGACUUGCUUGAAAGCCUGUGCUGAAGUCAGUCAGUGGACCAGGCUAUGCGAACUCACCAUCCCUUUAGCUAUUGAGAAUUUUCUCAAAGAGUCUUCUGACCAGCACCCAACUAUCCCUGCAGAAAUACUACAGCUAGAGCGAAAGCUCGGUGAGCCCGUUAGAGUGCAUAACGAUGACAAACUCCGUCGGCAGAAGCUGAAGCAACAGAAGGCUGCUGGGGGUGGGCCUGCCCUUAGGCAGGUCCAUAGACAAGAAACAUCUGAAGAGUUGGACUCUUCAUCCAAGAGCCUGGAACUGCAAGUGGCUUUCUCAAAGUUCACAGUGUACGAAGAACCAGCUACUACCAACAGGGAACCCUCUCACAUCAGAAAAGCGAAAGUGUCUGACCUUCCGCCCCUGGAGCAUGUGUUUGCAGAAGGCCUGUACUUCACUUUGGCAGAUAUCGUGCUCUUGCCCUGUAUCCAUCAUUUUCUGGCAAUUAUCUGCAAGAAACUUUCUGAAAAGCUGAUAGAAUUUCCAUUGCUGGCUGCUUGGUACCAGAGGAUUCAGGAAGUGCCAAGAGUAAAAGCAGCAGCUUCUCAGUGUGGGAUCCAGUUUCUCCAUUUACCAGAGUUGCUGACCACCUCGAAUGAACAAGAUGCAAACUUAAGUGAGGUCCCAGGUGUAGAGGAGCAAAAUGACGCUUCAUUUUUAGGAGGACCAAGACCCACUAUGACCAAGUUAAUGGAAAAAGGCAUUGAAGUGAUGUUUUCUCCCCACCCUUGCCCUACUUGGACCCUUGAUUGGAGCAAUCUCCCUGCAGCAGUGAGCCCAAAGGAAGGCAAAAUGUCCAGUGACCGAGCUUUAAGGAAGCAACAGCAGUUAAACAACCUUGUUUAUGUGGUGACAAGUCAGGCCAAACCCGGUGACAGAAUUGUGGAUUUCUGCAGCGGUGGGGGCCAUGUUGGCAUUGUCCUCGCUCACAUGCUGCCAUUAUGCCAGGUUACAUUAAUAGAAAACAAGGAACUGUCAUUAAUUCGUGCUAAGAAGAGAAGUGAUGAACUAGGUUUAAGCAACAUUUGGUUCAUUCAAGCAAAUAUGGAGUAUUUUACAGGGAUGUUUAAUAUUGGGGUGGCACUGCAUGCUUGUGGAGCAGCAACGGACAUGGUAAUCGAGCACUGCAUCAAAACGCGGGCUGCCUUUGUCACAUGCCCUUGCUGUUAUGGUUUCAUUCAGAACACCUCAAAGUUUAAUUUUCCAAAAAGUGAACAAUUCAAGAAAACUUUAUCGUACAAGGAACACAUGAUUCUGUGCAGAUUUGCGGAUCAGACAGCUGUCCAGCUUCCAGCGCAGCGAAGGCUCAUAGGAAAACAGUGCAUGUGCCUGGUGGAUCUGGAUCGAGCAAGAGCUGCAGAAGAACGUGGUUACUCGGUUCAAGUAAUAUCCAUGGAGCCAGAGAGCUGCUCUCCCAAAAAUAACAUGAUCGUGGGAGUCCCCAUUUAGGAGGAGAUACUCACAUUUGAUGUUUUGCCAUCCGUCUUCAUGAUGAAAGCCCAGUGGCACUUAGGAGGUUCUUGGCAUAGCUAGCAAACAGCAUUAGCCAUCUUGAACUGAUUGUGCUCAGGAAGGAAAGCAGCAGGAAAAUCAUGGAAGAAAGGCUGCCUGCAAAGCAUCACAAAUGCUCUUGUAAUGUAUGAUUAAGGACUGCUGGUUUUCAUGGUGAGAAUCCCCUGAAGUCUCAGCUGCCAACAGAAUAAUACUCAGCAGUGGAAGUUCCAUCCCUGGAAUAACAAUUUCCUUCUCAAUUCCCAGCUUUUCUGAUCUUGCCAAUGUGAUGUUCGGUUCAGAACAAUUAAUCAAAGCCAUUGUGAGCAUU